AUGAAAAACAAGACAAGUUUUCCUUCGCAAGAAGGAGAGGCACGUCCUUCCAGAUGUCCGGAUAACAGUGCAUUCAAACAACAGAAGCUACCAGCUUGGAAGCCCCAGCUUAACAUUGCCACUGUGCUCUCCAGCUUCUUCCUCUCGGGCGCGUUCUGCCUGUCAGUGGGAAUCUGCCUCAUACUGGCCGCAAACAGCGUCAGAGAAAUCCAGAUUGAUUAUUCAGAUAAAUGCUCAGAUUGUUCAAAACUCCGUGAAAAUUCCUCUAACUGGAAUAAGGAAUGCCACUGUUCCAUUAAUUUCACACUAAAGGAAGAUAUAUUGGGUGAUGUUUUUAUGUACUAUGGCCUGCAAAACUUCUAUCAAAACCACCGUCGAUACGUGAUAUCAAGAAGUGACGCACAGUUGUUGGGUCGAGAUGUAAAUAUUCAGAAGAGCUACUGCACGCCCUUCACUACCUACCAAAAUGGGACUCCCAUGGCUCCAUGCGGCGCUAUUGCCAACAGCAUAUUCAAUGACACUAUUGAUCUUUUUUACAAUCUUAAAACAUCUGCUAUUCAAGUACCGCUGCUGAAGACUGGAAACAGUUGGUGGACAGAUAAAAAUGUGAAAUUUCGCAAUCCGAAGUCAAACAAUCUCUCUUCUGCAUUUGCAGGUACAGCAAGACCUCCUUACUGGCAGAAACCAGUAUAUAUGUUAGAUGAGGAAGAUGAAAAGAACAAUGGCUAUAUAAACGAUGACUUGAUUGUCUGGAUGCGAGUGUCAGCCUUUGCUACAUUCAGAAAUCUUUACCGUCGUGUCCAACGGAUAAGGCAGUUUGCAGAUGGCCUCCCAGCAGGAAAUUACACUUUUCGUAUUUCCUAUA